AUGGAUUUUGAUGACCUCAAACGAUUCCUAGUUGAAUUGCCCUCAUUGUUGAAUUACCAGGAUUCAUCACUGGUCAAGCAAUUGGUAUUCAACGCGCUAUACUAUUCGGCUACAGAUCAGGCUAAUUAUUUGAAUUGUUUAUUCCCCGAUAUUUUUAUAUCUCAUCUACAAAACCUUCAGGCAUCUAAUUUUGAUUUGAAAGUUUUAAAAACAGUUGCUCCCUUUAAUAAGCCAGCACUAUCACAAUCCACAUCGUUUUCCCACCCUCCUGGUAAACCGUGUGCUCGGCUUUUCAAAUGCAAUGACACUGUUUAUCGGUGCGAAGAUUGUGGUUUCGAUGAUACGUGCGUUUUAUGUGCUUAUUGCUUUAAUGAGGAGGACCACAUUGAUCACAGUGUACAGAUGUAUACAUCUUCAGGUGAUUCAGGAGGAGUAUGUGACUGUGGUGAUCCCGAAGCUUUCGUCAAUCCCCUACACUGUAAAUGUUCCACUCAAAAGGUAGACAGCGAAGCUGCUUUACGUGAAAAAGAUAUAGAAAACCUUGAUCCCAAGAUUCUAGCUUCAACAAUCGAAAUUUGUCUAGAUUAUAUACUAGACGUGACUAAUUUGUCCAUAUCCACAUUGCCCAUGAUUCAUGAUCUCAUGAAGGUGCAAAAUAUAAUUAAUCCAAGAAAAUGGUCCAAUCAUGCGUCGUUACCAAGUAGUCACUAUGGCGGUGCAACCGAUAAAAACUCGGAUUCCAAAUGGUACCUACUACUUUGGAAUGAUGAGUUUCAUGACGUUAAUCAAGCAGUUUACGCGAUCAAAAGAUGCACAGGUAUUGCAGAUGACAAGGCCGUUGAAAUUGCAUCAAAAAUUGACAAAGAAGGUUAUUGCAUUUUGAUGGAGUCUGGGAGGUGCGAAGGUCUCUUGCGAUUCAAAAAUAUAGUUGAAGAAGGCGGUUUAAUAGCCACUAUCGUUUCCGCUCGCGAUUAUAUGCGCGAUUUUAUUGUUCGAGGCAUUUUCUUUUGGUUAGAGGAUAUUUUGAGUUCUACAAACAACGUGUUUAAAGCUCGGUGCCAGAGAAUCUUAUCAGAGUUGUUACUAGAUAAAAAUUUUGUUUUUUCUACAGCUGUCCCUGCUGACUUUUUAUCUCCAGUAAAAGAAGUUUUGAAAUUAAGUUGUUAUCGGAAUGGGCUACCAUUGGAUAACAAAUUUACCAAUAAUGACAGCAUUAAUAGUUUAAACUAUUCUGAUUCAGAUUUGAAUUACCAGGAAGAAGAUUUUCAAGAUGACUCCGUAUCUGGAAGUAGUAAUAGGUCAGAAGAACACUUCUCGAGAUUUCAAUCGCUUUUGAUAUUUCAAAUUAGAUUUCCGAAAUUAGUACGGCAAAAGUUGGUCCCAAUCUUGAUUCCACUUUUGGUGUCUAAUGCCGAUCUUAAGCAAGUAUUUGCAAGACAAUUUACAGAAAUUUACCCAAGACUAUUGACAAUAUUUGCAUACUCGGACCGUGAAGAUCAUUUAAAUUUGAUUAGUGAGAUUGCCGUUCAACUAUACACUUGUCCCGUAACGGUGCAAAACCUUUUAAACAAUGUUGGGAUAGGAUUCAUACUCAAUCCAGUAAUUACCAUCAUCGAGGAGAGCUCAUCAUUUUUCGAUGGGGAGCAAGAGCAUAAGGUAUUUUCAUUUCUGGGAGAGGACUCACAUCGGGAGAGAACGAUCCAAAUGGCGGUGGCGCGUGCUAUUCAUGAUUUUGGAUUAUUUACCUCGAGUUCUUUUAGUGGGGACGCAAUAGCUAUGUUGAUGUACCCUCAAAACAUGGCUUUCAUCAUAUCCUUUUUGAAACUCUUUCAAGGGUACCUACCACUCUCAAGAAAAUUAGGCGAGCACGUUGAGCAAGAACUGUUUCUUUUUCGAUAUCACAUUGCAAUCUCAGUUCCGAUAUUUGAGGCACUAAGAAAUUUGGCUUUUUCACAAUACGACAAUCCAGUGUCGGAUGCUUCUAUAUCAACAAUUUUGGAGCUUCUGAAGGGUAGCAAAAUUGAUGAGGAUCAAAGGGUAAGAGAGGAAUCUUAUAGAGUAAGUAACCAUCACCAUGGCCUUGUUUAUCCUUUAACGACGUUUCUUUCAUUAUUGACACAAGCUCGGGGAGUUGAGGAUGCUUUGCCAUUACUAAAAGAGUAUGAAAGGCAAGUUAUUAGUAUUUCAAGUGAAUCACUUUGGAAUAUUGUUUUGGCGUCACAGAUCAAAGUAGGUUUUUGGAUUCGAAACGGUCUUUCUGCCUCUCGUCAAGCGUCAAUGUACUUUGGUGCAGAUAUGUCAGAGUUUACCUUUUCUUGCGAUUUCCAUCUUCAACAACUUGCCUUUUUAGUCAGCAAUGAUCCGUCUGGACUUCUUACGAAAAUGUUGAAGCGUUGGGAAAUAUUUGACUGGUUUACAAAUGAGCAAACAUUUGACAAAACCGUUUAUGAGGAUCGAUUUUUUUCUAUUGUUGAAAUGUUUAUUUGGAUUGCUUAUAACUUAUUAACCGAUAGAAGCAAGUUUGUUCCUCCGCCUCCGAAAGAACAGGCCGCAGUAGAGGCCAAGAGAUUGAUGGCUUAUACUUUAUGCGAAAAAGCAAGAUCAUACUCAAGCUUGAAGGCAAAGGUAACACUGCGGGUAUCGUCGCUAGCAGAAUUUGAUAAUUUACUAUACUCCAUUGCUGACUAUCAACCUCCAUCGGCACUCAUGGACACUGGUCUUUACAAGUUAAAAGAAUCGAUGUAUUUGGUUCUUGACCCAAUGAGCUUGUUUCUGGAUCUUACUAAAUUUCAUUCAAUGUCCGAAACUUUGAGAAAGUAUAUUUCAAGGAGUAAAGGAAUUAAAGAGGAAGAUGUCAUUUUAACGCCAAUAAUUGACAAGUGUGGUUUGAGUGAAGUUGACAAUCAUAUUGGUGAGUUUGCAAAGACCAGUUUGUUUAUGAAGAUUACCUAUAAAUUUUUGAGAGUAGCAGUUGACAACUCAAAUGAAGUAUACCUUCCUCAGUUGUUACACUUGAUUCAUGCGAUUAUAGUUGAUGAUGAAUCCAUUCACGGUAAACAGUAUCUCAACCCAGUUUUUGUUGAUAUACCUGUAUGUGAUUUGUUGGUUACAAUUGUUGAAUCCGGCAUGUCGUCUUCUAUUAUUCGCAAGGCAGACUAUAUCGUUCAACAAUUGCUUUCAAAAGACCAUAGGAUAAUGGAAAAUUUAGUAAGUUGUUUUGGAGAGGAACACGUAGCCAAGUUCAGAAAUAGAAGCGCAAGCUUGUCUGCAAAUGCCGAUGCCAGCUCCAAGAGAAAAGUGGAAGAAAGGAAAAGAAAGAUUUUGAAGAAAUUUUCUAAAAAACAAAAUCAGUUUCUAAGUCAAAAUAAGGAAAUGAGGGAAAAACAUGAGGAGAAUUUGGAAAAAGAUAAGGCUGAUCAUCGUGUUUGUGUUUUGUGUGGUGAGCAGGAGGAUGCUGACAAACCUUUUGGAGUGUUAAUUGUGAGAACUCGCGCACCAAUUUUUUGGAAGUUUGGCAGCAAAGUAACAAAAGGCGCAGUUAGUCUUUGGAAUGAUGAUUUGUAUACGGAUACCGAUAAAUCUGAUUAUGGUACAGGCUAUGAUUGCAAAGAUAACCUAUGCGAAGAUUUUGAGCAAGUUGUAUUGUCAAGUUGCGGACAUGGUAUCCAUUUUGAAUGCUACAAAAGAGGUGCCGGAAGACUGAAAAACUAUCCCUGCCCUUUGUGUCAUAAUUUGUAUAGAUCAUUCCUCCCAACAAUAGUGGGCAAAGCUCCAAACUCCACAAUGACACGCUUACAAAGUAUUUUAUACGGAGAACCUGUUGCCCAAAACUAUUCGUCCAUUAUUCAUUAUGGACAAACAUCGCAAAAAAAGACCUUUUUGAGAUACAUUUAUACCUUUGAGAGUUCAACGCUAAACUCCGAUAUCUUCAAGGAAUUGGAACUUGCUACCGACAAACGCAAGCUUGAAUACAUGAGCUGGGCGACUGAAUUUGCCAGUACCAUUGAAAUGUGUGAAAUUGCCACAAGGUUGAAUGGAGUAAGCGCAUACUCUGGCUUCUUGAGUCAAAUACCCAAAUUUAGAAGAACAUUACUAAGUUCAUUGUUCCGUGUUUGUAUCUUAAUACCAGAAUUGACCAAUGAGGAGUUUUCACCUUACCCUGAAACGUACCAGAAGAAAGAGAAAUCGGAGGAAGAGAAUGAUAUCUCAAACUAUCAGAACGGGGUAUUUAGUCGCACGCUUUUGCUUUUUUUCAAAACAAAUGAAUCCUUAGCCACUUUAGCCCGUAUGGGUAUAUGUGAGAUAAUAGCGGGGGUAUUUCAUCGUUUCUCUACGAUGCAUUAUUGCUACGUUUCUGGUGACAUAAAGGAGGAUGAUUGCGAUAGUGACUGUAGCAGCAACCCAGCAUUUGAUCCUUUCUGUUCGUUGUACGAAUAUUACCUAGUCAACCUAAUGGAUCUGGAUCUGGAUCCGGAUCUGGAAUUGGAUAUCUAUUUAGAUGAUAUCAAGAGAAGGGUAUUUCGAAUACUACAGCAGAUUUUGUGUGUUUACUUGAGAAAAGUGAUUAUUUUUCAGGAUAUUUUAUUAGGUCAACAAGUAGGGGAUAAUUUUAUUAGUGACCCCAGAUACUCAGAAAUGGAAGAGGAAAUCAAAAAACAGAAAACUCCCUUUGGUUUAGACCCAUUAACAAAGAUAUUGGGAAUUCCAACACUUGAAGAGAUACUACGAAGGAUAUUUACCCACUACUAUGAUUCUUUUGAAAGAGAAACAUUUAUGACUGUAUGCAAAGUUGAAAUGCCAAAGGAUAAAGCUAACAAUAACAGCCAGUUUAUGUUGGAAUAUCCAGGAGUGGUUCAUUUGACAACGUUGCCUCAAGACUACCAAAAAUGUUUAUUGCGAUUGUCAAACUUGGAUGCUGAAGACAAGUUACGUUGCUUAGUCUGUGGGGAGUGGAUUCGGAAAAAUAAGCUAGAUUACCAUAUGCUUGAGUGUGCUUCUGAUAUCGGAGUGUUUUUCAAUCCAAAGAAAACCGUUUUGCGCAUAUAUAUACUGAUCAACCAAACACCAAUUGCCCUUGAAGUUAUGGCACCUUACUUAACAAAGCACGGUGAAGUGAAAACUUUCGGGUACAAAGGUAAAGCUAUGUUAAGCGAAUUCAGAUUUAAAGAAUUAAAUAAAUUAUGGGUCAAUCAAGGUUUGUAUGCAUUUGUAACUAGAAAUUUGUUUGGUAACUCGACGGGUUUAACAGUGAACGGUUUGGGAAUCAAUUUGAAUAGAGGUGGGAUAUUUAACAACAACGCGGUGGUUGAUGAAAACGAUGAGGAUGGCACCAAUUGGAAUGAUGACAAUGAUGAAGACGAAUUUAUUAUUAUGUAA